AUGGGGACUCUGGGGAGGUUGAGUGUCCUUUGCAGUGCCCACGGAGGUCGAGCUGUUCGUCACUCUGGUUCCAAGGCUGCAUCUCUCCUCUGGACUGGUGAGAGAGUUGUCAGUGCUUUGCUCCUGGGCCUGCUUCCAGCUGCUCGUUGGAAUCCAUGUUCUGUGAUGGACUACUCCUUGGCUGCAGCUUUGUCUCUCCAUGGUCACCGGGGCCUUGGACAAGUUGUCACUGACUGUGUGCAUGGGGAUGCUCCACAGAAAGCCGCCAUGGCAGGCCUUCUGGCACUCUCGGCUUUAACCUUUGCUGGCCUUUGUUAUUUCAACUGUCACGAUGUGGGCAUCUGCAAAGCUGUCGCCAUGCUGUGGAAGCUCUGA